AUGGCCUAUAACCUGGUCGCUCAGGUGGAUGAAGUGGCUUCCCACUCGGGUUCCGACGCAUCGCGCUCCCCGUCUCCGACUCGAAUCUUCCACGCUCGCGAUACUGAUACGGGCCUGGGACCGAACCAGCUCGAGUCAGCCCGGGUCGACGACAACCCGGGACUGGGCCGACUGGGCUCCCUACUCCAAUCCAUGUCCUCCACGAGCUACGAUAUGGUCGAGGCCGAGGACUACGAUGUCGAUCCUUGCCUUGCGAGGCAAUCGAGCAACGCCCGGAGCAUUCCGCCGCUCAACACCACUGUCGCGCGACAUUCCUCGUUCGAAACCCCCUUGCGCAGCGCGGCCAGCGAUCUUCCCACCCCUCUUAGUCACCCAACCCCGGACCUUCAAUCUAUUCAGGGCGCCUACAAAGGAAAUGUAGAGCGGUUGGAAAUGAGUGCGGAGCGUCUCAGCCUCCACUCGGCAGACAUUGGCAGCGAGAUUCGCAGGAUGGACCUGGAGCAGAAGCGGCGCUCUUGCAGCUCCGCCUCAAACUCAAUCAAGAUGCGGAAUGGAGCAUUCUCCCCAGGGGGCAUCGCGUCACCUAUUGGAUCGACCAUCUCCACGCGACAGCGCUCCGUGUCGGGCGCAUCUCGCCUCGCCCAGGUAACGGAACCUGAACAUGAAGGUCACUUCUUGGACAAUUUCCCAGCCCCGUUGCCGAUCCUCCCCGAUUCGGACACCCCAGUCUAUGCGCAUGACGAUGAGGUCUAUCACGAACAAUACGAUGCCUCCGGUGAUAUCGAGAGACCGGGCACGGCAGCUUCGGGUGAUACCUAUCAGAAGGCCCGAACGCUAUUUACCGACUUCGAUGGCGUUCAUUUCGCACCCUUAGACCGCGGGAUUUCCGGACGGCAGCUAUCUCUCACCCAACCGCCCCUUGCCAGCAAGCCGGAGCCAUGCAAGGAACCCCGAUUGGGCGAGCACAUGGUGUACUACCCAGCUCCUGUCCCGCGCAUGCUCAACCUCCCCCCAAAGCUAUCCCGCAAGCCAAUUGUAGAACGCGAAAAGCGUCGCAUGCAACUGUUGACCUCCAUUGUCGCAGAAGACAGGAAGGCGGAGGCAUGGCAUGAGCAGGAAAAAGCCAAUGGUAAUCAGAAAGAGAAACGCCCGUCCACAAUUCCACCGCAGCUUCGUGCAAGCGUCUUCUUUGAAUCUCCGAGCCAAUCGAUCGAGGUCGAUGUGAAGCAGGAUUCCGCCGUUGCCACGCUUGAUAGUAUUCUCGACGCUUCGGCCAACGCGCCUGUAUCGGCCUUUACGGAUCACCCUUAUGCCGGUCAGGUUGGUUCCCACGUGUAUACGAAGUCGAAGCGUAAUACCAUCGCGAAUCCGAAGAGAUUGAAGGCGCAGAAUUCUCAGCUUUCGAUGGGUCAGCAUCAGAGUUCCCAACGAGGUAGUGCGAUUGCUUCGGAUGAUAGACGGGAUGAAGAGCAUCACGAUGAACAUGAUUCCGAGCUGUCAGUCAGUGAAGAGGAAGAUCAUGAAGAUGCGUCAGGAAGCGAGGAGGAGGACGACGACGACGACGAUGCAGUCUCGGAUUACGUUGGGCCGCCAAACACACUAUUGGCAGAGCUGGAGUUGCGGAAACAAGAAUUGAAGCAGCGACAACGUACAUUCGUGCCCAAGCCCACACCAGGGAUGACAAAAUCUCUCCUCGAGCUGGAUGCAAUGGCCCAGAUGCAGAGCGAGAAAAGACGCCGGCGACCGGUCACCCUGGCAUGGGAUAGUCACAACGCCGAUGACGAAGAUGUUCCCUUGGCUUUGCUUUACCCCGAGAAAUCCAGGUCAAAUCUUGCAGAUGAGGAUCGUCCCGUUGGGUUGAUGGAACAACGUCAAUUCGAAGAAAAUGAGCCUUUGAGCUCACGUCGGGCGAGACUUCGAGGUGAACCCGUUCUUGAGAAACGCCCUGUCACUAUGUAUUCGGAGGCUGUUCCGCCCUCGUCAUCAGCACCAGAGCCAGAACCAGCGACAGAGCCAGGGAGUGAUGAUGAAGGUGAGACGCUUGCAGAGCGAUUAAGGCGGUUACGAGGGCAGAAACCGACAGAGAGCGAAUUUGCUCAUGAUCUCCUGGCCGAGAUCGAUAGUCGGGUUGGAAUCGCACCUGCAUCUACUUCUGCUUCUGCCCCCGUAGAGCCCGUGGUAGCUCCAGAGGAAGAGACUCUGGCACAACGACGUGCUCGUCUUCAAAAGGAGAGUGGCGGCCAGCAGGCCAAUGUCAAGAACCCCCGUAUGCGACGUAGUAUGGCUGCUCUUCCCCGAGUUCGACCCAGACAUGUCGUCCGCCAGUCAUCCCAUGAUGUUCUUGGUCAGCCCGGCAUGAUGCAGUAUGGCAACCGAAUGUCCAUGCAGCCAUUUGCACACCAAAUGCAACCGCAGAGGAUGAACCGAGCUUCGCUGCAACCAUCUUACGCCUAUGGAACAGGACAUCCGCCUGUUUAUCCAUACAAUAUGGGCAUGAAUGGCAUGGUGUAUCCUCCCCCGGGUGCCUAUGGCCCAACCACGCGACAGCCCAUCAUUGACCCCAAUCAAGCCGAUGUCAUCGACCGCUGGAGACAGAGCGUUCGCUAUUAA